GCAAGCAUGAUUGCGCACUGUUUUGGAAAGAACAUGCUGGAAAAAGCAAAUGUCCUGUUUGUGGAGAGGAUCGAUGGGUGGACAAGAACACCAAGGGAAAGAAAGUGCCUCAUAAAGUGAUGCGUUAUUUUCCUUUAACCCCUAGGUUAAUGCGAAAAUAUGCAUCGAGGCACAUUGCUCAACAUAUGAGAUGGCAUCACGAGCAACGUAUAAAAGAAGAUGGUGUAUUGCGUCAUCCUGCUGAUGGGAAAGCUUGGAAGGACUUUGACCGAAAUAAUCCAACAUUUGCAAUGGAACCCAGGAAUGUGCGGCUUGGAUUGGCUGCAGAUGGAUUCAAUCCCUUUGGUAAUAUGAGUCUGUCUUAUAGUAUGUGGCCAGUAGUGUUGACGACAUAUAACUUGCCACCAUGGUUGUGCAUGAGAGAAACUAAUUUCAUGUUGAGUUUAUUAAUUCUGGGACCUCAUUCGCCAGGAAAAGAUUUUGAUGUUUUCUUAAGACCAUUGAUUGAUGAGUUAAAAGAAUUAUGGGUGACUGGUGUACAGACUCGAGAUGCAGUCGAUGGCAGUUUCUUCACUCUUCGGGCAGCUUUGAUGUGGACUAUAAACGAUUACCCAGCAAGGAGUAGCCUUUCUGGAUGGACUGCUCAAGCGCCUCCAAGUAAACGUGGACGCCAUAAGGGAUUGAACACGCGGGAAAAGAGGGAACAGUUGGGGCGUCCUCUCCCUCUCUAGUGGGAUGUGCGGGGGAGAACAUAUAAAGAGAUCGGAGAGUACAGCUCAAAUUUCUCAAGAGAGCUCGGAUUACUUGUUCGACAGUACACAGAUCUGGACUGUCCUCAAUGGUCAAAAGUACCAAAUGCCUCGAAAGAAAGAAUACUUGC